AUGCCGUAUAAUAUUGCGAUGAUAAGCGACUUUUUCUUCCCUCAGCCGGGCGGAGUGGAAAGCCAUAUAUAUCAAGUGUCCUCGAAACUCAUUGAUCGCGGACACAAAGUGAUAAUCGUGACGCAUGCGUACAAAGGCCGGACCGGUGUGCGUUAUCUGACGAACGGUCUCAAGGUCUACCAUGUCCCCUUCUUCGUCAUUUACCGCGAAUCUGCCAUGCCAACCGUCUUUUCCUUCUUCCCCAUCUUCAGGAACAUUAUGAUUCGUGAGCAGAUAGAGGUUGUGCAUGGGCACGGCAGCUUGAGCUGUUUCUGUCAUGAAGCCAUCCUCCACGCCCGAACAAUGGGACUCCGUACCGUCUUCACCGACCACUCCCUGUUUGGAUUUGCAGACGCCAGCUCGAUCCUCACAAACAAGCUACUCAAAUUCACCUUAAGCGAUGUGGACCACGUCAUAUGCGUCAGCCAUACCUGCAAGGAAAACACCGUGCUGAGAGCGUCACUCGACCCCAUGAUGGUCUCCGUAAUCCCCAACGCACUGGUGGCAGAAAACUUCCGGCCGCCGUCGAUGCCAGGGCCGCGGCUGCUGGGGCCGGACGAUACGAUCACUAUAGUGGUGAUAUCACGCCUGUUCUACAACAAAGGAACAGACCUGCUGAUAGCAGCCAUACCCAGAAUUCUUGCGCUCAACAAGAACGUGCGUUUUAUCAUCGGCGGGUCGGGGCCAAAGGCCAUCGACCUGGAGCAGAUGUUGGAGAGAAAAGUGCUUCAGGAUAAAGUAGAGCUGCUGGGUCCGAUCAAGCACGAAGAUGUGCGCGAUGUGAUGGUCAAGGGUCAUAUAUACCUCCAUCCCAGCCUGACAGAGGCCUUUGGCACCGUCAUAGUUGAGGCAGCCAGCUGCGGACUCUAUAUCGUUUGCACCCGCGUGGGCGGCAUCCCCGAGGUUCUCCCGCAGCAUAUGACAACUUUUGCGAAGCCGGAAGAGGACGAUCUCGUGCAGGCGACGGGGAAGGCCAUUGCUGCUCUGCGUUCGAACAAGGUGCGCACCGAGAGGUUCCACGAUCAGGUGCGGAUGAUGUAUUCGUGGACAGACGUCGCGCGGCGCACAGAGCGUGUCUACGAUGGAAUCUGCGGUGCCAUCAGCGAGGAAGAAUUCUACGGCAAUUGCCCCAAGGAGAGCUGGACCGGGUCCCGCAGACGGGAACACAGCUUUGCGCUGAUCGACCGGCUGAAGCGGUACUAUGGCUGCGGUAUCUGGGCCGGGAAGCUGUUCUGCCUCUGUGUCGUCAUCGACUUUUUGCUAUACGUCUUCCUUGAGCUGUGGAUGCCUCGCAGCGGCAUCGACAUUGCGAGGGACUGGCCGAAGAAACCGGUCGGCGAAGGCAACCAGCUUCUUGAUCCUCGCCGUUCUAUGAGCAGUUCCAGGCACUCGAGACGCAAUGAAACCUGGCAGGAGAUGAUAUGA